AUGGAGACAAGACCAGUAAAAUUAGUUCUUUUUGGUGAUCAAGCUGUCGAGAAAUUGACAUCCAUUCAAUCCUUGGUUCGCUUUUCAAAAACCUCUCCUUAUGCACGACGGUUUUUGCAAGAAGCCAACGAUCUUGUGCAGUUACUCCUCUAUCAAUUGAGUGAGGAAGAUCGUGCAUGGAAGUAUGAAGUUGGCACGUUACUUAGCAUGGCAGAGGAUAACACAGCAUCAACCGAGCCUAAUGCAGUUAUUGCCACUGUUCUCAUGUGCAUUGGGAGAUUGGGGGAUUUGAUAGUCCAUGCCGAAGAAGAUGCGUCAAUUCUUGGAUCUCAUGAUAAUCAAGUGCAGGUUCUUGCGUUCUGCACUGGACUCCUUCCUGCUGCAGCACUGAUUGCAGCGUGCGAUACUAACGAUCUCUUCGAACUCGGUAAAGAGAUAAUCUCCAUCACAUUUAGAAUGAGUCUAGCGAUCCAACAGCGCUUGACAAUAAUUGAAGAUUCGAACGCGAGCUGGGCAACCACCUUGGUGUGCAAGACUCCUGAGAGAGUGCAACAUAUUUUAGAUGAUUUUCAUCACUCAAAGAACACUCCUUACGCGAAGCGCAUAGCAGUUUCCGUGAUCUCAACUGAUUGGUUAACGAUCAGUGGAGCUCCGUCCUCUCUACGAGACCUAAUGGAGUACUCUACAGAGUUGAAAAACUGCCCAAAAAUCGAAACAGACACAAAGGCUGCACACACACCAUAUCUUCCACCUCUUGACAUGAACUCCAUCCUUGGUGACUCUCCACUUCUUGAUAAACCCAUUACCUCGAAGGCUAGAAUUCUGUCACCCUCAUCAUGUAGACCAUAUACUGAAAAGAACUUACGCUCACUGCUAUCCGAAAUGAUAGUCGACAUCGUAUCAAGGACAUUGCGGAUCGACGAAACUAUCAAUUCCUGUAUUUCAGCAUUCAAAAAUAGAUCUAUAUCUCUCACUGUGGCAGGCCCUACAGCACACCUACCAGCUGUUGAACGGAUGUUGAAGUCGCAAAAUAUCGUGUACGAGUUCAAUCGGCAUCGAAAUUUAGUAGACAUCUCAUCAUCCCGCAGUGGUUCAGGUCUAGUUGCCGUAGUAGGUAUGGCAGCAAGACUUCCUGGAAGCGAAGACGUAGACACAUUUUUUGAGAACUUGAUGGAAGGUAAAAUAGAACUUCAAAAGAUUCCACAAAGCAGAUUUGAAAUUGAUCGAUAUUAUGAUAGUGAUGGAAAAAGUAAGAAUAGCACUGCCACGAAUCAAGGUACAUUUCUCGAGCGGCCUGGCUAUUUUGAUAAUCGUUUCUUCAGUAUAUCUCCACGUGAAGCUCUUCAAAUGGAUCCACUUCAGCGAAUGCUUCUCACGACCAGCUGGGAGGCCCUGGAAAUAGCUGGCUACUCUAGAAACUCGACGCUUUCAACACAAAACAGUCGUAUCGCAAUUUAUUUCGGACAGGCUGCAAAUGAUUGGAAUGAUGUUCUCAACAGUGAUGAUAUUGAUAUUUAUUAUGUGCCCUCACUGUCAAGAGCAUUCGGACCGGGUCGUUUGGCAUAUCACCAUAAGUGGGGUGGUGGUACUUAUUCAAUAGAUGCUGCUUGCGCAACAAGUACCACUGCAAUCCAUGUGGCAUGUCAGGCUCUAUGUUCACGCGAGUGUGACAUGGCAUUGGCAGGAGGUGGCUCUUUAUGUGUGUCUCCCAUGACCUUUGCUGGACUCAGUAAAUCCGGGAUGAUUUCUAACCGGGGCGGCUGUCGUACAUAUCAUGAUGAUGCCGAUGGAUAUGCUCGAGGGGAGGGUGUUGGUGUUGUUGUGCUCAAACGCCUGGAAGACGCUACGGCUGAGAACGACAAUAUUCUUGGGGUCAUUCGUGGCCAUGCUAGAACAUACACCACUACAUCAUCUUCCAUUACACAUCCAAGUGCAGAAGCUCAAGCUCAUCUUUACAAAGAAAUUUUACGACAAACAGCGAUGGACCCAAAUGAAAUCGCCUAUGUCGAGAUGCAUGGAACAGGUACUCAAGCCGGGGAUCUGGAGGAGAUGAAAUCUGUUAUACAAGUUCUUGGGCAGCAUAGAACGAAGCAAAAUAUUUUGACCGUCGGAGCCGUCAAAGCUAACGUUGGUCAUGGAGAGGGUGCCGCUGGGGUCACUGCAUUGAUCAAAGUUCUCAUGAUGAUCAAAGAAAGAAAGAUUCCUCCCCAACCAGGAAUACCUUUCAAAAUUAAUCGACACUUCCCGGAUCUUGACGCACUUCACAUACGGAUCGCAGGAUUUGGAGGAAAUGACAACAUUUUAAGGCCAAGUCCAGUGUCAAGAAAUGGAAAGAUCACGUGUUUGCUGAGCAGCUUUGAUGCUUCUGGCGGCAACACAGCGUUAAUUAUCGAGGAAGGGCCCGGUUACUCUGUAAAAACAGAGCAUCCGGUAAAAUUCCAUGUCGUUACUUUGUCUGCGAAAAGCGGACUCUCAUUACAACGGAAUCAGCAGAGGCUGUUGGAUUUUCUAACAAGACACCCAGAGACAGCCCUAGCAGAUUUAUCGUACACGACAACUGCUCGAAGAAUUCACCAUCCACUUCGUGCAGCAUACACGGGUCAUUCAACCAGAGAAAUACUCACCAGUCUCCGCGAAGACUUAAGCAGGGACACAAAACUCAGUUCAAAGAAGUUCAAAUCACCUAACGUAAUUUUUGCGUUCACUGGACAAGGUUCUCAGUAUGCCGGCAUGGGAAGAUAUCUUUUCAAUCACUGCAUUGCUUAUCGAAAGAUGCUUCAGACUUUCCAAGAAAUGUCCGUGCAUCAAGGUCUUCCCCAAUUCCUUCAUCUGCUCUCAGACACAAGGGCAAACAUCACUGAAUCAUCCAUUGUUUCUGUUCAAAUUGCGAUCGUAGCCCUCGAAAUUGCCACUGCAAAGUUGCUCAAGUCCUGGGGUAUUUAUCCGCAAAUAGUCAUCGGUCACAGCCUCGGGGAGUACUCGGCCUUAUGCGUUGCUGGAGUUUUAUCUGUUAGCGAUACAUUGUACUUGGUCGGACGACGAGCACGAAUGAUGGAAGAGCGACUAGUUUCCGGGGAAUAUGGGAUGCUUGCUGUCGCCAAAGGUGUGGAGGCUGUCAUGCAGUUGCUUAACAUCGAGAGGAACUCCUUAUUGAGAACUCAAAUUGCCUGCGUUAACACGCCAAACUCAACAGUUGUUAGCGGUCCACUUAUUGAGGUCCAGCAUUUGAAAGAUCUUUUGGAGCAGAAAGGAUCGAAGUCAACGUUUUUGCGCACACCGUAUGGCUUUCAUUCUGGUCAAAUGAGCACAAUUCUUGAGGAAUACGAGGUUGUCACGAAGUCCGUUACUUUUUGCGCUCCAGUCCUACCGAUAGCUUCCACCCUCUUUGGCAGGAUUGUUCAAGCUGGCGAACAACAGAUUUUCAACUCCAAUUAUCUCAUCCGGCAAACCCGAGACAGUGUAAAUUUUAUCAGCGCGGUGCAUGCCAUUCAAACCUAUAUUCAAACGGAAGCAGCAUGGAUCGAUAUUGGACCAGAACCUAUUGCUGUGAAUUUGGCUCGCAAUAUCUUGACAAGCAAUUCAAACCACUUCCUCUACACAAUGAAACAAAACGAAGAUAAUUGGGAAUCAAUCUCCAACACACUCGCUUCACUUUAUCGUCUUGGAGUGCAUAUCAAUUGGCCAUGUUUUCACAGGCCAUUCUUGGGCUCACUCUCGCUCGUCAAGAUUCCCACGUAUGCCUUUGACGAGAAGCAAUACUGGAAGCAGUAUGCUGAGCGCUAUCAUUCAGGCCAAACAAUUUCGUCGGAGGACGAAAAUGUCCUGAAAAGAAAAUCCAGACAAUGCACGGCCCCUCCGUUCAGAACAACAAGCUUGCAUAAUGUGGAGGACGAAAUAGUUAAUGAACAAUCUAUAAGCGUCACCUUCACAUCACACACAUCAGAGAAAGAUCUAAAUGAAGCGAUUCAAGGCCAUGUGGUAAACGGAGUAGCGAUCAUGUCAAUGAGUAUCUUCUGCGACAUGGCUAAAUCUGCCACAUACUAUGCAUACAAAAAGGUUCACCCAGAUCGUGAAGUACCAAUCAUGAACAUUCAUGAACUAAAGAUGACGAACGCUUUGGUCUUGCUUAAUUCAAAUUCUCAGCAAAUCGUCAAGACAACAGUUACAUAUUCCGGAGAGUCCGCACAUGUUAGCUUCUCAUCGACGGCGAAGGGUGCUCGAAGUCAGGAUCAUGGCAACCUGAGAAUAUCAUUUCAAGACUUUAAUACUUGGCCUCUUCAGCAAAAGCAGAUGCAAUUUCUCGUUGAUGCAAGACUAGAGCAUUUAAAGGAGAUGUCAAACAAGGGGUCAGCACACCGACUGAUGAAACCAGUGAUCUAUAAGUUGUUCGGCAACCUAGUCAACUAUAGCACAAGCUACAGAGCUUUGGAAGAAGUUUGGAUGGACAAUGAAUGCCGAGAUGCUGCUGGGAUCAUCAAAUUAGCAGAUGUUCCGGGCACAGGAAAAUUCUUAUACAACCCGUUUUGGUCCGAUGGCGCCAUCCACAUUGCAGGAUUCCUUCUGAACAGCGGUUUGAAAUACGAUGAAAAUACAGCCUUCCUCUGUAUUGGACUGGAGAGCUGGGCCCUAGCGGAGGAGCUGCGCUCAAACGAGUUGUACACCACGUAUACUGUUAUGCAAGACGGAGGGGUACCUAACAUGAUCACUGGAUCUGUUUUCGUUUAUGACAGUAAACAGAAGCUCGUCCAGAUUGCAACAGGGAUUCAGUUUCAAAAGAUGAACCGGACUACUCUCGAUGCUCUUCUGAAACUUCAUUCAUCACCAGGCCAACCGCUAGUCACUGUUGAUUCGAGGACAACAAUGCAACCAGAGAAGUUGGAGAACAAAAUACGUCUUGAUGCUCUUAUGCCCAUACCUUCACAGCACGGUUCACAGUGGGAUGUGGCACACAAAGACAGUGGAUAUGCCACACCGGACAGCCAGAAUAGAUCCAGCCUCAUGAAGACGUUCAUUGAGAUCGUCUCUUCUGAAUGUGGAUGCCGUGAAUCAGAUCUCGAACCAGGGACUCUCUUUUCCGAUAUUGGUGUGGACUCGUUAAUGGCAAUCACCAUUAUUGCGGCUUUUCGAAAACAGACAGCCAUCGAACUUCCUAUCACAUUCUUCAUUGAAAACAAAACAAUAUCAGAAGCAAGUAGAGUUCUUUCUGGUCAAUCCACAGACUCUUUUCCACAACCCCCAUCAGAAACUCAACAAAGUGGGCUCACCUCUAACAUAAACUUGGCUUCGACUGUUACUGUCACAAACGUGGUUAAAAAUGAUAUUUACAGAGACUCUAUCGAGGCAGGAGUACCGAUGCAAUCUCUGGAAGUUUUCAACACAAUCCCGCAACCCAAUGAAGUCAAGGUGGAAACCAAACAGGUUGUCAAGCAAAGUCAAGUUCUUCUACUGCACGGCAGUCCUUCUUCCUCUGGGCCUAAACUAUUUCUGCUUCCGGAUGGAACUGGCUCCCCAAGCUGCUACAUCGGUUUACCAUCUAUCAGCCCUUCUAUAAAUGUCUACGCUGUUAAAUCUCCUUACGUUCGCUGUCCAGCGGAGUUUACUUGUGAUGUGCGAUUUAUUUGCGAGUCCUUUCUCUCCGCGAUUCGAUCAGUGCAGCCAAAUGGACCAUACCUUCUUGGUGGCUUUUCUUUUGGUGCACUUUAUGCAUAUGAGCUCACGAGAAUCCUCAUUGAGCAGGGAGAAGUUAUCGAUUGUCUAUUUAUUCUUGACAUGGCUGUGCCAACUACGAUCAAGACUCCUUCGGUUACAGGGCAACUUGUUGCGGAAGCUGGACUUUUACCACCCACUGGGGUUACAUCAGCGGCCCAAAAGGAGCAUAUUGUGAAUACAGUCCGGGCAAUGGUGGCGUACAGACCCACACCUUAUAUUUCUGCUUCGAAACUGAAGAAAACGAUAUUAAUAUCUUCCGAGGAGCCACUUGCUGCUGGAAAAAAUUUUGAAUUGUCAACUUGGGCUAGGGGAAGCGAUUCAACAUAUCGAGGUUGGGAAAAUCUGAUACAAGGAAGCAUCGAGUGUAAAGUUGUGAGCACAACUCAUUUUGGCCUCUUAAAAUAUCCAAAUAUCAAUACUUUGAGAGAUAUAUGGGUAGAGACAUUAACUUCUAUGUAA